UUGAAAUAAAAACUUUGCUUGGUGCAGGACAAGUACGGACAGGCUGCCUCGAUAUUAGAGCAAGUGGGACUUUGAACCAUAACCUCUUCAUAUUCUGAAACAAUAAUGCUGCUUCCAGGCAACCACAAAGCAAACAGCCUCCGAGGAGGGGAAUGGACAAAACCUGGAUUUCAAGUUACACAAUUCGGCUGAAUAAGGAAGCUGAAGGAUAAAUCCCGAAGUUACGCUUCAACAAGACAUUUGAUUCGGCUGAAUAAGGACGUCUCCCUUCAAUUGUUUUUAUCGUUUCGCAUUGGUGGUGAGUGGAGACUGAGUCGCUCAAGAAAAUAGAAUAAAAUAGUCUACCCAUUUUUUUAACUGCGAUGUUUUGCGAUAACUUCUGCCACCGCCUAAGGGCUCCGGAGUGAUCUUAUAUAGGGGAUAGUCUAGUGUAACACUGUCUUUCUCAUAGACUGGAGACUUUGAAGAAUACUCGUUUUUUUUUUGUUCAUAUAUUAAAGAAGUCUAGGAAUGUAGUAUUAUUUAUAUACUACAUUUCUAUCAUUGGGUUCUCAGGAAAAUGGCUGCUUAUCUUGACGAUAAGCGCCAAGAGCAGUAUAAUAAGGAAAAGGCAAAAAGGAUCGAUAAACAGAUUGAAAAAGAUAAAAAGAUUUACCUAAGAAGUAAACGGCUACUAGUAUUAGGAGCAGAUGAAUCUGGGAAAAAAACGAUAGUCGAACAGAUGAGAUAUUUGAAUGUAAAAUGCCCCGAAGAGGCGAAAGCGCGUUUUCAAAUAUCAAAACAACAAUGUUUAGAGACACAUUGCCAACAGGACGGUAUCUUUUGCCAUUUGUUUACUGUUAAAGGUCAAAGGAAAGAAAGCAUGAGGAAGUGGUUACAGCAUGUUUCUGAUGUUACUGCCAUUAUUUUUGUGGUGGACAGCAGCAGCUACGAUAUGGUGAGCCGGGAAGACAACCUGACCAACAGGCUUCAUGAGGCACUACACCUGUUCAAGAUCAUCUGGAACUACAGGUGGCUGUUAGGCAGUCCCGUCUUCCUCUUCCUGAACAAACGGGACCUUCUAGCUGAGAAGGUUUUGGCUGGGAAAUCUAAAAUUGAGGACUAUUUCCCAGAGUUUGCGCACUAUACUACACCUCAAACAUCAGAACCAGGGGAAGAUCCUCGUGUCUCCAGGGCAAAACACUUCAUACUAGAUGAGUUUCUGAAGAUCACUACAGCCAGUGGAGGUGAAAGGAUCUGUUUGUUCCAUUUCACAUGUGCAGUUGACCUGGAAAGCCUCCGGCGCACAGUCUUCGGAGAGUGUCUUCGGAGAGUGUGA